UCCAAAAUCCACAAAAAAUACAAUACAUUCAACGAGUCGAGGGACGCGAAAUAUUUCCAUACGAAGAGUAUAUACCAUCUUUGGAUAACUUAUCAUUCGCAAAGGACAAACGUCAUCAUCAAGGACUUCCCUUCGAUCGUCGCGAUGAAGUACUCGACCGCGCUCGUCGUGGCCACGGCCUCGGCGGUCAAUGCAGGAUACUGUAACGAUGCCUUCGAAGAAUUCGGAAACUUUUUCUGUCCCAAUGCGGUUAAGCAAGUCAAGUACACUGGUCUUGACAUUGCGGGCAAGUACCGCGCCGUUGCGCAGAUGGACAACAAUGGUCUUUGCACGUUCAAGGAUAAGGACUACUCUGGUCCCAUCGCCCCAUUUGACGAGGACUUGACUUUGCACUUCCGAGGCCCUCUCGAACUGAAGACGGUUGCUGUCUUCACUCCUUCCUCGGCAUCAGCCAAGCGCGAGGUCCAGAGGCCUCACUCUAAGCGUCACGGCCACCAGCACCUUCAUAAGAAGCACCACGAACAUGCUCAGGCCGAAAAGCGCGAAGACAUGGUCGUCGCCACGAUUAAUGGCCAGGUGGUGUCAUGGGUGAACAACUACUUCGGUGGUGCCGCCGCGACACCUGCCCCGGCUCCAGCUUCCACACCUGCUCCUGCUUCCGAGCCCGCUUCUCCGGCGGCCGAACCGGCUUCCUCGGCCUCCGAGAAGCCCGCCUCGUCGUCUGGUUACCCCACGGCCGAUGUUCCUGCUGGCGACUUCCAGCGCGUCGCCUACUACAACGCCAAGGACCAGGUUGCCGACGGCCUGGUUUUCCUCGGCAACUUUGGUGACCCGGCUAUUUCCGGUACUUGGGAUACUGUCUGGGGUGCCAGUUUGGCCUACGCUAACGAGGAGGGCACCGGCGCUGCUCCGUCCCCUACCGUCCUUAAGGACUGCCGUAUCGACGACACCAAGGAAAUCAUCAUCGCUUCGGACCAGAAGUGCGAUGAUAGCUGCGGCGCCGUUCGCCCCGGAUCUGUCGCCUACAAGGGAUUCGGCGGCUCUAACAAAAUUUUCCUUACCGAGUUCUCCAUGCCCCUGAGCGGCCAGACCGGGUGGAACAUGGACAUGCCCGCGUACUGGCUGCUGAACGGAGCGAUCCCGCGAACGGGCCAGUACAGCAAGUGCAGCUGCUGGACCGGCGACAACCAGAGCCCGCAGCAGGGCGGUUGCGGCGAGGCCGACAUCAUCGAGGUUCUCCGGUCCGGCGACACCAAGGCCAAGUCGACGUUCCACUUCGCGGCCGGCACGGGCGACUCGCACUACUUCGACCGCCCGACGGGCAAGACCAUGAAGGUCGCCGUCGUCUUCCAGGCCUCCUCGUCCACCGCCUCCAUCAAGGUCCUCGACGACAGCUUCGACAUGACCGGCACCAGCCUGACCGCCGACCAGGUCCAGGACAUGAUCAACGACGAGCCCGACGUCAACCUCUUCAGCUUGAUGAGCUUCGGCGCGUAAAAGCGGGAUUCUUUGAAGAGGGGAUGUGGACGGGGACCGGGACAGGGACCGGUCACGAGGGACGAGGGUGAUAGAGGUGUGGGGAAGGGAAGGGAAGGAUAUGACCUAGAGGAAUGAGAGAGGAAGAAAGGAUAAUGGCCUGGGGAUGGCGACUGACGUCUGCUUCUCUGGGCUUGCUGUUUCUUUUGUGCUUGCUUGUGUGUGUGAUUUCUACGAUGGAUAUAGGAGCAGUUUUGUAACGUGUUUUCCUGUGCCCGAUAUUCCCCUUUUUGCAUAUUUUGAUUUGAUUGGAUUCUUCAACGUCUGUGGAUCUUGCCCGUUGAUCCCAAAGCAUUUGCUUUGUAUGUCUGUGUGUAUGUAUACAUGUAUGUAUGUGUGAAGUCGCAAUUAUCAUGAAGUUGGGCUAAUUUCGAGAUUUCUUGGUACGCGCUCUAUAUUAGAAAACCUGUUAUUGGAGGUGGGCCGGCAACAGAUAAUGGGUGGUCAAAAGAAGGUUUGCUAGGUGUCGUAUUGCGCGGGUCCCCGUCGUGAGACCCUUGAGGCUGUCGGGAACAGCCCGAGACAGAUCUGGUGUUCUGUAAUACUUCGCUUGACUUUACUUUACCGACAGUGUACACUACCUACCUAUCGCUACAUCAUUUCCCGAUCGUAGACCCGUUAUUUUCUCUUAGACAGUUAGAUUUCUGAGGUACUAUGUACUUUGUGUUAUAUUGACAUUUAUAACAGGUGCCUAU